UCUCACUAAAGUUUGUUUUUUCUGUUGAAGUUAUUUGAAUUGAACUUAUGGCAUCUGAAACUGAAAUUUUCGAACAUUUUUCUCUGUACGACAUGAUAAGAAGUGUUAGAGAGAUGGCUUCUGAAGAUGAAGCUUCUCAACUUUCCUAUUUGUUUGAAAGAAUGAUAAGAACCAGAGACAUGUCUCUGUUCUUUCCCUUCAUGUUUCGUCUUUAUGGUUUAUCAAUUCGACGAAACGAUGACGAAGACUCAGAUCAAGAAACAGAGCGUAACGGAGAUUCUAACCGUCAAAGAUUCAUCUUGAUGAAUCCAUCAACACAGCGUAUUAUUCUAAUCAACGAAGUUUCAAGUCUCGAAACUCUGCUUCACGAACUUGGAAGUACUACACAUAAUGGUCAACUGCCAGCUUCAAAGAAGUCAAUAGAUAGUAUGAAAAGGGUUGAAAUUGAAGAAAGUGAUGAUGGAGAGUGUGUUGUUUGUUUGGAACAAUUUGAGAUUGGUGGAGUUGUUAAAGAAAUGCCUUGUAAGCACAAGUUUCAUGGUGAUUGUAUUGAGAAAUGGUUAAGAAUUCAUGGGUCUUGUCCUGUUUGUAGGUAUCAGAUGCCUAUUAAGGAGAAAGAAGAAGAAAAUUAA